AUGCUGCGAGCCAGUCCUGCGCAGCUCUGGCGCCUGCACUGUGCUCCAGUGGAGAGCGCGCGGCCCGGCUCAGGCCCCGUGCCCCAGACCCUGCUGGGCUCCCCGACGCGUGCAGCGCCCAUGGCCGCCGGCGAGCACCACAGCAUUCUGAUACGCAGCGACGGCCUGGCGGUCACGUUCGGGCACAGCGGCUCGAGCCGGCGCGAGGUGCCCGCGGCGCCCGCGGGCGGCGCCGCGUGCGUGGGCGCGGCCGCAGGGCCGCUCCACAGCGUGCUGCUCUUCUCGGACGGGUCGGCCGCGACCUGCGGGCACGAGGGCUGCGGCCGGCGCGCGGUGCCGCCCCUCCCGGAGGGGACCGCCUACGUGGCAGCCGCCGCCGGCGCGCUCCACACCGUGCUGCUCCGCAGCGACGGAGAGGCGGUGGCCUGCGGCGACGGGCGGGUCGGACAGUGCUCGGUCCCGAAGCUCCCUGCAGGGGUCACCUACACAGGCGUGGCCGCGAGCAGCAGACAUACCCUGCUGGUGCUCAGCGACGGUUCCGCCGCCGCUUGCGGCCACACCAGUUUCGGCCAGAUCCCCCAGCUGCCAGCCGGCGUAUCCUACGUGGCCGCUGCGACCGGCAGCGUGCACGCAGUUUUGCUGUGCAGCGAUGGGGCUGUGGUGGCCUACGGGGACAACGAGGACGGCCAAUGCGAGGUGCCUGACCUGCGAGGGAGCGUUGCCUACACAGGCGUGGCCUGUGGGGCUCGGCACACGGUGCUGGUGAGAAGCGACGGAUGGGCCGUGGCGUUCGGCAAGAACUCCGCGGGGCAGUGCGAGGUACCAGCGCUCCCGACGGGUACCGAGAGUGUGGGCUACACUGCUGCAGCGGCAGGCAGCAUGCACACCCUGCUGGUGAGGAGCGACGGGGCCGCAGUUGCGUUCGGGGACAACAGCUUCGGCCAGUGCGACGUACCAGAACUGUCACUGGGCCUGUCGUACAGCAUACCGACGCCGGGAUUGGACAUCGUAGUGACCUUGCACUCGUCCCACGGUGCUCCCGCAACUCCGAGGGACAUCGGGGGGCAGACCCCGGAGGUCCUCACGCUGCCCCUCCGCCCCGGGGCGGGGCUGGCCGUCCUGGGCGACCUGCGCCGCAUGGUGGCCCGCCGGCUGCGGGCGCCCGCGGGGCGGCUGCGGCUGGUGCUGGCAGACGGCACCCUGCUCCCCGCGUCGCAGGACGCGCUGGCGGCGUGCGACGUGUUGCCACCCUGCCAGUGCGAGCCGCACGGCUAG